GAUCUGUCCAGCACACUAAGUACUUUCCGACGCUUCUAGCAGGUACCAAAAGAAUACACUUGUCAAGCUGGGUAUCGCCGCCGAGUACCAGAACCUUCUGGCCCCUCUCCUCCCUGCCAUCUUUCCAUCUCUCCAGCACCUUCCAUUAUCUCGAAAUCCUCCAUUCAAACCCUUGAUUAUAAACACACACUCACGCUCCACCCAGUUACGCAAGGACAGGUUGUCGAAAGCCACAGAAGAAAUUAAGAGCACGCAGCAGCAGCUAGUUACUCACUGGUUGAAGUUAAAGAAUCGGAUGAAAAUGAAGCCAGCGGACGAGAAGAAGGAUCACAAGGUGACGAUCCGGGCGGCUCACCGAGACGAAGAAGGCCACAAGAGGGUGGAGAAGGUGGAGCUCAACACCCGCAGCGUCGACACCCUCAAGUACGUGGAGAGGAAGCUCGUUGACAAGGGCGUCCAGCGGAUGGAGCGCCAUCCGGCCGACGGGCUGCCGUUUGGGAAGCCGCCACCGAAGGGGGGGCACGGCGGGAAGUACACCUGGGAGGGCCCUGCGGAGGGCGAGCUGAACCCGGCACCGCCGGCCAUAGACGAGGGGGAUCCUAACUACGUGGUGGCAGCGGCGGAGGAGGAGGAGAUUGACGGAGUGGUGGUUGGGGAGGUUGAGGUGGCUAAGGCGGCAGAAGCCAGGGAAGGAGUGGCAAGGAUUGAGAUCGACCCCCUAAUUGAAGGUCUGAUUAAUUCUGAUAGGAACAGAAACAGUUAAUUGAGCUUCGAUUAAAGGUGUAAUGAAUUUGAAUGUUAGAUAGUUCUCGUAAAUCUUGUACUAGAUGGGCCUGUUUUUGUACUAAUUUACAGAAUAAAUAAACGUUCAAUUAACUGUUGAA